CAGAAGAAAAAAUGGUUCAGUGUGGUCAAUGUGAAAAACGAUUCGCACAUCGAAAUCAACUGAAAGUGCAUAUGAGAAUCCACACCGGUGAGAAACCAUUUCAGUGUGAAUUGUGCAAGAAGCGGUUUGCCUAUUCAAAUGUUUUAAAAAUACACAUGGGUACGCAUGCACCUGAAAGACCACAUUGCUGUGUACUGUGUGGGAAAAGUUAUGUACUACCAAGUCAACUGAAAGUACACAUGAAGGCACAUGAGAAGGAAAAACAACAUCAAUGUGAACAGUGUCAGAAGUGUUUUUCAUUACUAAGUCAUUUAAAUGCACACAAGAAGACGCAUAUUAAAGAGAAUGUUUUUCAAUGUGGUCAAUGCCAGGAAAGCUUUCCUCGGCGCAGACAACUUCAGUCACAUGCUAAAUUGCAUGCAGGGGAGAAACCGUUUAAAUGUGACCACUGCGAAAAGAGAUAUGCUGAUAAACCUCAGCUGAAAGUACAUUUGAGAACUCAUACCGGCGAAAAACCAUUCCAGUGUGAAAUAUGCAGGAAGAGCUUUGCCUAUUCACACGUAUGGAAGAUACAUAUGGGCACACAUACACAGGAGAGACCACAUCAGUGUGUACUGUGUGGAAAAAGUUAUGUAAUUCCAAGUCAACUCAGUGCUCAUAUCAAGACUCACACUGGGGAAAAACCACACCAAUGUGAGCAUUGUGGAAAACGUUAUGUACUACCAAGUCAACUCACCGCUCACAUGAAGACGCAUACAGGUGAAAAACCUCACCAAUGUACUCAAUGUGGGAAAAGUUUUGUGUUACCAAGUCAACUAAAUACACACAUGAAAAUGCAUAGUAACAAGGUCAAAUAUCAAUGUCCAGAGUGUCCAGAGAGUUUUUCCGAUGAAAGCCUACUUAAAAUACAUGGUAAAAUGCAUGUGAAAUAUAAUUUUGAUGUGCGUUUGACAACAGAUCCUUCUUAUGCUGGAGAUAGUUCUCAAGAAAAGGCAUUACAAUGGGAGGAAAGAUUUUCAAAUAAUGUUCAUCCGAGCGGUCAUGUGGAAACACACCAGCGCAGUAAAGAUACACAAGAGAAUCUACAAGGAAUAAAAUUAGGAUGUGAACAGUGUGGUGAACAGUUGUCACAUGAAACGUAUUAUCAUGCUCAUAUAGAAACUGGUUACUGUACUGGUACUGCAACGAGGUCUGUGGAAAACAGUCCUUUUCAUAAUACACAAUACCAGAAUAGUGUUUCACAACUUGAACAAGAAAUACCUGCUCAAUUGCAAACAAAGAGAAAACCAUUUAAAUGUGACCAUUGUGAGAAGAAAUAUUGCGACCAAGCUCAGCUGAAAGUGCAUUUGAGAACUCAUACCGGUGAAAAACCAUUUCAGUGUGAAAUAUGCAGGAAGAGCUUUGCCUAUUCAAGUGUUCUGAGGAUACACAUGGGUACACACAUAGAAAAAAGACCACAUCAGUGUGUACUGUGCGAAAAAAGUUAUAUGCUACCAAGUCAACUCAGUGCUCAUAUCAAGACUCACACAGGUGAAAAACCGCACCAAUGUUUGCAAUGCGGAAAGAAUUUCAUCUCAGUAAGUCAGCUGAAGAUGCACAUGAAAAAGCAUUCUACAGAACAUAGCUCUCAGUGUGCCCUAUGUGGAGAAAGUUUUUCCCACAAGAGCAAACUUGACGCGCAUAUUAAUAAAUUUCAUGCCGAUGAAAAACCGUUUAAGUGUUCAUACUGUCUGAAGGGGUUUGAGUACAAAUCUGAAUUAACAAGACAUAUGAGAACACAUACGGGUGAAAAACCAUACCAGUGUGGGGUAUGCCAGAAAAGUUUUUCUUAUUCCAAUGUGCUGAAAAUACACAUGGGUACACACACCCAGGAGAGGCCACAUCAAUGCGAACAUUGUGGAAAAAGCUUUGUACAACCAAGUCAACUAAAAACACACAUGAAAACACAUACUAGAGAAAAAAUACAUUUUAUAAAUCAGAAAAUAUUUGACCAACAAUGUAAAAUUAGUGAGCACGUUAACACACACACUGGUGAGAAACCAUUUAAAUGUGAGCUCUGCGAAAAGCGAUACUCCCAGCAAAAUCAACUAAAUGUGCACAUGAGAAGCCAUACGGGUGAAAAACGAUAUCAAUGUGAAAUAUGCAAUAAGAGUUUUGCUUAUUCACACGUAUUGAAAAUACACAUGGGUACACAUACUGAAGAGAAACAGCAUAAGUGUGUACUGUGUGCAGAAAGUUAUUCACUACCAAGUCAGCUCAGUGCUCACAUCAGGACUCACACUGGUGAAAAAGGACAUCAAUGUAGACAAUGUGGGAAGUGUUUUCUGGUUCUAAGUAAGCUGAAUGCACACAUGAAAACGCAUACAAGUGGAAAUCCGAAGAAUGUGUACCAGUGUCGUAACUGUGGUAAAAACUUCAGAAUAAAAGGAGAUCUCUUGUCACAUUCCUGUGUAGAUAUUAGUAGUAUGAUUUACCAGUGUGAAUAUUGUGCACAGUCUUUUACACAGCUACCUCAUCUAAGAGAACAUCUAUGUGUAAAGUAUAAUGCUGACAAACCACAUACGUUCCUCGAUGAAACGUGUAUUCGUACUUGGACUGUAGGUGUGGAGGGAAACAGAAGUAGCAAGAAAUACGCAAGCAAACCAGGGAUACAUUUGCAACCAGGUGCUGAAGACAGCCUUAUGGAUGUUGUGGAAAUACAGAAAGGAGUGCUUGAUGGCAGUGGUGUUGAAUUAUUUAGGUUAUCAUGCGCGUACUAA